GGUUGAUUGAUUUGAGAGAAUAAGAAAGAUAUUUUGGUCAGGAUAUAAAGUGAACCUGUUUGCAGAGAGAGAGUAACAAAGAAAUUAGCAAUUUGGGAACUUAUAUAGGCCUACAAUACAUUUAGGCUAUUAAUGACCUACUCAUAAUUUUAAAAAAAAACGCCAUCUUGAGACAAAAACAUUAUAGCUCCUUAACACAGUACAAGCUAGUGUAUAUAAAGCUAGGCUAUUGAAAUACCAUAGAGUUUAAUAUCAGUAAGGAUUAGUUUUUCAUAAUUCACAAUAGGAAUAUUUAAAUAAAAGACUAUUGGAGUAAGGAAUAUAUACAGAACAUUAUAUAUCAAAGUUACAGAACCGUUAAUUGUAGACUUGUAAUUAUUACCAGAACUGUUGCAAGUAUAUAAGCAAAAUUUACCAUGAUGGAUACAAUUGAAUUUAAGAAAACACUUGAUGAAAUCAUGAAUAUACUGACUAGUUGUGCAUUGGUGACCAACCCAAAGCUUAAUGAAUGCUGUAUCUGUAACAAUGAAAUCAAAGAAAAUGAAAGUGAUGCAAGAUGUGACUGUUGUAGUAAGCAUUUUCAUGUGACAUGUAUGGGAUUCCCUUGUGAAGACAGACUGAGUGACCUGACAUUGAUCUGGAUUUGUUCAUUUUGUGGAAAUAACAACAUGGCUCAUCGCAUGUUUGAUCAAGUAUGCAUCCCUUCUCAUUUCAAUAGAUACGAACUUCUUGGUGAUCAUGAUGAACACUGUUACUUGGAUUUGAACCAAUCAAGGACCCUAUCAAGUACGACCAACAAAAGAAAAUGUGGCAGAUCAAAGAAGAGAUCAAGGAUUUGCGAAAGUACAGAGUUCAUGCUGGUGGCAAGAAAAAAGAAGCAAAGAACAAGAAAGGUCGAGCAAGGAACAAGAAAGAAGCAGUCGAGGUUUCCUGAUUUGUAACGGACACAGUGUUGUACUUCGUACUCAAAGCUGGCAAGAUUAAGGAUUGUCGACCUGAUCCGUAUAUUGAAGUUGGAACAUUCCAUGAACCUUGCAAAGUGCUCAUUUUUUGACUGGGUUGGAGUAGGAGACAAGAACUGUCUAUUCCCAUGUGUCCAUUAGCCAUUUUACUUUGAUGUUCAGACUGUUUCAAGUACAUUCAUCAAGAAUUGCGCAAUACUUGCAGUUUUCUACUCAUUAAGCAGAUAAGAUUCCCUAUGCAGCUAUUUCACUGAUUGUGGCCAAGCAACACCAUACCAUUGCCCGGAAAAAACGUUAUGAUAAAUAAAAAAGACCAAUGUGCAACAUGUACGAAGUAUGACCAGUUGUCUGGAGAUCAGAAGGAGAAUUUCACGGAAACCCAUCUCGUACAAAAAACAGAGGCUCAAGAUGCCAAAGCAGUUCCUUGCAUCGUGUAAGACAGAAAAUCGUUGUGAAUAAGAUGGAGUGCAAAAGAGGACAUGCUUACAACAAGAAAUAUGCUGAUAAAUUUGACUUCGGUGCAUCAUCAGGAAAGAGCAAACAUCAUGCAACUUGCAAGGAAUGUCGCCGAGAUUUGUCAAUUUUGCAUGGCGGUUGUAAUGACAUUGUUGUUCAUUGCAAAUCAAAGCAACACAUCACUGCUUUCAAGUCUGAAUCGUCAGCACGAGAAAUAACAUCAUGGAUGUCAACCUCCAAGGAUUUUAAUAUAACUAGAGCUGAGUGCUUAUUUACAUCAUUUUAUUUGGAGCACAAUAUUCCUCUAUCAGCUGCAAGUCACAUGGGACCAUUGUUGAAAAAAGCCUUUCCUAAUUCUGAGGAGGUUAUGAAGUUUACCAGUGCAAGGACCAAACAUCUUGUCUUGUGCGUGAAAUGGCCAAAGAUAAACAAGGACAGAUCGUUUCAGCCAUGAAAGCACGGCCAAUUGCAAUAUCAACUGAUGGGAGUAAUGUCAGCGACAGUAAACCAUACCAAAUUGUGGCAUGCCUCGGAAAGUGUCAGUGCUUGGUUGCCCCAAUCAUCUAAUUGAUUCUGCUGCCAAAGAUGCGUCAUCUGCAUUACCAUAUUCAAUUGACUCGCUCCUUAUUGAUGUGUUCUACUAUCUGGAAGCCAGCGUGAACAGGAAAUUGAAUCUCAAGAAGUUCCAGAUGCUCAUUGGGAACGAAGUGCAGGCAGUUCUGAAACAUGCUUGUACGAGAUGGCUGAGCUUGGGCCAAUGCUUGCCAAGAUUUAUCCAACAAUGGCAAGCUCUAGUCCUCUUUUUUGAAGGAGAAGUGUCAGCCGAGCAGAAGACGCCUACUCAACAGACAAAGCAGAAGAAGCCUACUCAACAGACCAAGGCUACCAAGAAUAGUGUCCAGACUUCACUUGUUCCAAAGAAGCCAACUCCAGCUGUGAAAAAUGAACCUGCUCAGGGAUCUCAACUGAAGAAAAAGCCUGCUCACCAAACCAAGAUGACUGCACAACUCCAAGCAUUCUGCAUUCCCAAGAAGGUGUCUGCAGAUCCACCACAUGUGAGCAAACCUGCCCAGUCUCAGACCCAAGUUCAACUUCAAACACCACAGCCACAACACAGUAGACCUGCAUCUUCAAGCUCUACUACUCGGGAAAAACGACAAAUGAGGAAGCUUCGGAUACACCUAGCAAAAAGCAGAAGACUGGGAAAGUUGUUGGCAAGGCAACAGGCUCAACAGUGCUCAAGACUGGAACUUCCAGUCAUCCCAGUAUGAUUUCUAGUAAAAUGACUGGAAAUGAAAAAACAAGAUGUGGAGGAAAAAAAGAAACAAGACAGACAGUAAGAGAUAAAACAAGACAGGAAAGAAUUCUGAAUUCAUUGCACUCAAACCCAAUAUCAGCCACAGCAUCAUUGCAUUUCACAAGAAAAAUGUCAUCUUUCAGACGAGAAGUCCUCUGAUACAAAAGCUAAAAGGAAUACUAGAAAGUCUACUGCGUGACUUGUACAGCCAAUUUGUAGCUCCACAAGCAAUCAUUGCAGCCACAGACUUGACCCUUCUGGACUACAAGAACAAGGAGAAUCUUUGUGAAGAAUCUGAAAUGGUCUUAAAAAGCGCAACAAGAGAAAUUGUGAACACUUUAGAUGAGUCUGAUUGCCAUAAGUUCUAUGCAGCAGUGCAUUCAUAUUACACCAAGGCAUGUGACUACAUUGUAAGUAAGUUUCUAUUGAAGUCUGAUGUUCUCAUCCAUGUGCAAGUGGCUGACAUUGCAUAUCAGAAGGAUGCCAAAUUCACUUCUCUAAAGUUUUUCAUCAACAAGUUCCCCUGCAUGUUGCUUCAGGAAGAAGAAGAAGACAAGCACAGUGCCCUAGAUGCUCUGGAGAACCAGUUCCUUAUCUAUCAAAUUGCUCAGCUUCCGGACUUAGUGCAAAAUGAGGAAUCUACUGACAAGCAGUGGACAAGUAUGAUGACAGAAAAGAAUGUUUCUGGUGAACUGUGCUAUGACAGACUUGCAAAAGGGAUUCUAACCAUACCCCAUACCAAUGCUGAAUGUGAAAGGGUCUUCAGUCAGGUGCGAAAGAACAAAACUGACUUCAGAGGGUCCAUGAGCAACGAAACUCUAAAAAGUGUCCUUAUUACUAAGGCUCGCCAAACAACACCCUGCUACAUGAGGGAAUUUGACUCUGAUUUUCCAAAGAAAGCUCGUGAUGUGCGCUACGCGCACAUGAUAUUCAGUUUUACUUAAAUGUUACUAAUUGAAAAUUCCAAAGUGUUGGCAGCUAUGCCAGGCCAAGGUAGUUGCUGGAAAGAGGACUUUUGUCUCUGCUUCUUUUGAUUUGCAAAGUGAAUGUCGCUGCAACAUUACUCUAUGCCAUCCAGAACACACAUCUCAAAGUCAUCGCACACAAUUUUCUGGAGAGUGGGCAUUCCCACGUGGAAUGCAAUAGCAUGCAUUCUGCUAUUGAAACAGAAAAAAGAACAUCAAUGUCUUCACAAUGCAUGACUGGGUAAAACAUCUUCCACAAAUUAAGACGUCGGCUUCCAUACAAGGUCAUAAACAUGUGCCAUGGAGACUUUUAUGAUCUGAAAAAUCUCUCACAGCAGAUCAUGAAUAACAAACGCCUAGACGAAGAUAGACACGUCUUCAACUGGCUACAUGUAAAG